GGUUGAGGUUUUGAUUUGAACCACUCAGAAGUUACUCUAUAGUAUAGCAUCAAAUCAUUGUUACUUUGAUGUAUAGAAUUUUAAACGUUUGUAAUAUAAUCAUAUAGGAAUCCUAUGACCGGAUCUAACCAAAUUAAGACUAGCCGAUUAUCGCAGUUUCGCUCGAAUAUCUUUCAUUACGCUUCGCAUGAAAACGCUUUCCAUAUUUCCUGCAACAUUGUGUGUAUCCUGCAGUCCAAACUCGGAUUCUUGCUAGAGACCAAAACAAAACCAUUUGAAAAGAAGGCCGUGCAUAGAAUUCCGAGUGUAUACAUUUAGCCUAGCUAGUUUAGGAUAAAAUAGUGGUUUACCUGGAAUACGCCAACCACCAACCAAUUUCUGUUUUGGGAGAGCACGUCAAGCUACUAAAGUAUUUCAUGGAUUUUCUGUGUUUCAGGACACUGUGCUGUAAAGGACCACCGUCUCCCAGACCAGAGUAUGACCUGGUGUGUAUUGGACUCACAGGCUCGGGGAAGACCAGUCUACUCUCCAGACUCUGCAGUGAAGCCACAGACAACAUCGGCCCAACUACGGGUUUUAGCAUCAAAGCCGUUCCAUUCCAGAAUGCCAUUCUAAAUGUGAAGGAACUCGGAGGAGCAGACUCUAUAAAGAAGUACUGGUCGCGGUACUACCAGGGUUCCCAGGGAGUGGUGUUCAUCCUGGACAGUGCCUCCACAGACGAGGACCUGGAGUUGGCCCGCACUGAGCUCCACUCUGCCCUGCAGCACCCCCAGCUCUGCACCCUGCCCUUCCUCAUACUGGCCAACCACCAGGACAAACCUGCCGCUCGCACUACACAGGAGAUAAAGAAGUAUUUUGAGCUGGAGCCUCUGGCCCGAGGGAAGAGCUGGAUUCUAGAAGGCAGCUCAGUGGACAACAUGGAUGCCGUGAAACAGAGCUUCACUCAGCUCAUCGAGCUGCUGGAGGACAAGGACCAAGACACAGGCAGGAUAUGAGCUGGGACCUAAACUAUUGGGAACUACAAAUCCCACAGGACCUGCUGAGCCACAAGAACUACAGACCACACAGGUCCCACAGGACCUGCUGAGCCACAGGGAACUACAAAUCCCACUUGGGUCGACAGUUAGACCCCACAGGAGCCACAUCCGAGCUACAAAGCCCAUGGGAGGGCAUACUACACAGGCAGUCCAUACCACACAGGCAGUCCAUACCACACAGACAGUCCAUACCACACAGGCAGUCCAUACCACACAGGCAGUCCAUACCACACAGGCAGUCCAUACCACACAGGCAGUCCAUACCACACAGGCAGUCCAUACCACACAGGCAGUCCAUACCACACAGGCAGUCCAUACCACACAGGCAGUCCAUACCACACAGGCAGUCCAUACCACACAGGCAGUCCAUACCACACAGGCAGUCCAUACCACACAGGCAGUCCAUACCACACAGGCAGUCCAUACCACA